AUGGGAGGGGCAAUUUAUUUUAAAUGCUUACCAACUUCAGGAUUAAAUUGCUAACUUAGACUUAAUUAGAAGAAUGCAUUUGUAAACAAUUCAGCAUCUAAUUCUGGUGGUGCAAUAGCCUACACAAAUAAAAAAUUCAUUGAUGAUGGUACAACUUAAUAUGUUAACAAUAGCGCUGCUUAUGGCUCAUCUUAUUCAAGCUUUCCUUAGAAUCUUGGGUUUUAAUUCAUAUCAAAUAAUGACUAUAUUAAUACCCAUGACUAUCUUUCCUCAAACAAAUAAGCUUUCAAUAAAGAAAGAAAUUUGGAAACUAAUAUUCUUGGCAAGUUCAUUAUAGUCUCGGGAAUAGGAUUUUCUUUUACUAUAACUAUGUAUGAUUAAGAGGGGAAGUAAAUGCUUGAAGAGAAUUCAGCUGUUGCAUCUCUAAAAUUAAACUAAACGUUUGGAAUUUCUGAAAUUGUUCUAUCCAACAAUGAGGCAGUAGCUUUAAAGGGAAUAUUCAAUUUCAGUAAUGUUCUUUUAAUUGCUAAACCAGGAUCAAAAAUAGAUAAUCCAGUCUUAUUUCUAGCUGAAACAAGAUUAUGCAUUGCUGGUGAAUAGUAUACAACUGACCAUAGGUGCAAUAAGUGCCCUAUUUAUACCUACAACUACUUCCCUCCACUAAAUGCGACAAUUUGUAAAGCAUGUAGUAUGUAUGCUUAGUGCUUCAAUGGUACCUCUGUUAGUCCUAUUUCUGGCUAUUGGAGAAGUAGCAACACUAGUGAAAGCUUUAUUAGAUGUCCUAGAGUUGAAAGUUGCUAAAAAGGAAACUAACUAAAUCCUUUGGGUUAAUGUUCAGAAGGUUAUGAAGGAAUAGUUUGCGCAAAUUGCAAGCCUGGAUUCUCUAAGAUAUCUAACUUCUAGUGCAGUAAAUGUCCAUCAGCCACUUAAAAUACUAUUAAGCUCUUCUUUAUACUUCUCUGCGCUGUACUUGUUGUAGUGUUUCUCGUUAGAUCAACACUUCUCAGUGCAGAUAAAUAAAAACCAGUAUAUUCAGUCUAUCUCAAAAUCAUUGCAAAUCAUUUUCAACUAAUUGGUACAAUAUCAAAUAUUGAGUUCAGUUGGCCUUAUGAAAUUCAAAUGUUGCAAGACUCAUAAUAGCAAGUUUCAGGCGUUUCUGAAUAAAUAUUUUCAUUUGAUUGUUUCUUAAUGGGUGAUGACCAAUAAGAAUCAUAAGAUGCUGAAAUAUACUAUAUGAAAUUGAUUUUUUAUGCUGUUUUACCAGCUAUGUUAUCAUUAAUCGCGCUUUUGUAUUGGCUUUUGCACUCAGCUAUUAAAAGAAGUUUUGUUGAUAUGAAAAAUUCACUAAUAUCUACAAUUGUUAUACUUCUAUUUUUAAUACAUCCUAAUAUUGCCAAAUCAAUGUUUUCUUCUUUUAAUUGUAUGGAUAUUGAUGGUGAACUAAGAUUAAUGCCUGAUUUAUCAUAAAAAUGUUUUUAAGGAAGUCAUUCUGGAUAUAUACUAGCAGUUUCAUUUCCAUCUGUGAUUAUUUGGGCUCUUGGAAUUCCUGCUUUUGCUUUGAUAUUACUUAUGAGGAAUAGAAAAAUUAUUUUGCAGAUUGAAAGCAGUUAAAACUUGUCUAAGGCAGAUAAAUGGACUAUUAAAAGAAUUAAGACUAGGCUAGGUUUUCUAUUUAAUGGUUAUAAAAUAAAGACAUUUUAUUGGGAGAUAGUAAUUUUGUAUCGAAAAAUCUUGAUUGUUAUGAUCACUGUAUUUCUCUCUAGCAUAUCGCCAGAAACUUAGGUUUUAGUUGGAUUGAUAGUAAUUCUGAUAAGUAUUCUUUUGCAGGUUAAAUUUAGACCCUAUUAUACAAGUACUCUUAAUACAAUGGAGUCCUAUUCGUUGCUUGUUAGUGCAGUUACCCUAUACUCAGGUAUGUUUUAUAUUACUGGAAAAUACUAUAAAUAUAUGGAAAAUGAUGGAGUAAAGUGGUUUUUCUUGAUUUGUAUUGCUUUGCCAAAUGCAAUUUUUCUUGGCUACUGGACUUACAAUAUGGGAAUAGAAUUUUUAAAGCUUAUUCUGCAAUAAAAUAGACCAAAAUUAUUUAGAUUGCUUACUUGUGCUCGAGUAGAUAUUACUAGAUUUAAGAGGAAAUAUAUGAAAGAAGUCAAGAAUUAAUUUAAUGAUGAUGAAGAGGAUGACUAAGAGGAUAUAGUCGAUGAUAACUAUGACAGAGCAUUAAAAUAUAGGAUAGAUUAAACUGAUCCAUCAUAGAAUGAUAACCUACUCUAGGUGAAUGAUACAAGAAGAACUAGUGGCAAAGUUACAGCUAGAUAUACAGAAAUUGAGGGAGAGUUAAACUAACAAAGCUUUCUGCAAAAUGAUAGAAGCAAUCUCUAAGAUGAUUUUAGCUUUAUUGGAGAUUAAAUUUAAACAGUGAUAAAUGGAAAAAAUAAAUUAGGCUAAAUAGCCAUUGGUGGAGUUGUUAAAUUAGAAAAUGACAUUAAGACUGAGAAAGAGGCUAGAAUUUUUGGAGAUCCUGUUGAGACUUAGCCUGAAGUUGAUGAGAUUAAAGAAUAAGCAGAAAUUCUAGAUGUAAAUGACAUUAAAGUAGAAUCUAAUGAUGAUCAAAAAUAUUUAACUUAAAAUUAAGAAUAAACUAACCCAGAUUCAAUAAUAAACAUCUAGCAAGUGGAAGUAAAUUUACUUACAGAGAGAAAUAAGAAAAUGUUUGAAGACUCUUUUGGUCAAGGAAUGAUGAAAAUUCCAAAGCUCAAAUUAGAAUCUGGUUUUAAAACAUCUAGAAAUAACAAUAAUGACUAAUAAACCUUUAGAAGCUCCACUAGCAAAGUUUUUCCUUUAGAUUAACUAUAUAAAUUAGGCAAGGACUGUAUUGAAAAAGAUUAAAAAAUUUUAAAAUAAAGGGAUGAGCUUAAAGCAAGAUAGCUAAGUCUUGUAAAGAAAUAGUAAUUUACCUAAAAAGGUGCGCUUGAUUAUAUUUAAAAUGUUGAUAAUGAAAAGGAAUAAGAGAAAAUUCAUAAAAUUGAAAUGCCAGUAAGUAUUACAAAGAGAAAAAGAAUGAAGAAGAAUAAAAAUCCAUUUGAAAGGGAUAAUGCUUAGCCCAAAGAUAAAGAUUUCGAUGUAUACCAUAGGAAUCAGUAAAAAUUAGGAGAAACUCUAAAGCAAUCGAGAAUAUUGGGCCUAAAUAAGCUCUAAUAUGAAACAGAUGAGGAGAAUAAGAAUGUUCAUUAAUCAACUUAAUAAGUUGAAACCUUAGUGAAUAGAAAAUAAUUAGAGAAGAAAACAAUCAGCAAAGCCUCAUAAUAAUUAUAUGAAGAUAAUCUUAAAGAAUAGGAUGUUUAAAAACUAUAAGAUUCCAAUCAGAAACUUAUCUCUAGCGAAGAAAAGCCUAAUAUCGCAGAUAAAAUGAGUCCAUCUCAAAAGAUUAAUUAAGAAAAUUCUGUUCAGAUUGUCAUUGAUGAUAAAAAAAUAAAAGAUGCCAAAAAGAAUUUCAACAAAAACAUUUUUGGAAAGAAAAUUUAAAUGCAUAGUCCAGAAAGAAAUCAAAUCGAAGAUAAUAAACUCUUUCUCUAGUAAUAUUAAUACGAAUAAGAAAUCCAGUUUGAUAUUGAUAAAGUAGAGUUGCAACUUGAUCAUACGUUUAUUAAAAAAAGUGAUUGA